AUGCACAACCCCAUCCACCCUCACACCCACAAAACAACCCUAAUAUUCCUCCACGGCACCUCGCAGACCGGGCCCGAACUCGCUUCUAUCUUAUUAUCCUUCCCUAUCCCUCCACCUUUAUUACCAAAUACGAGAUUUGUCUUCCCCACCGGUUCUCCGAAGAAAACUACGGUCUUUGCUGGACUGGAAACGAAUUCUUGGUUUGAUAUCCAUACGUUUGUUGAUAGGACUGUUGGGGAAACGGAGCAAAUACUUGGUCUUGCCGAAAGCAUAAAUUAUCUUUCAAGCUUAAUAAAUGAUGAGGUGGAAGAGCUGGUAAAAGCGGGAGUAAGGAGAGGGGAAGCCGGCGACAGGAUUGUGGUGGGAGGAUUUAGUUCCGGUGCUGCGUUGGCUGUCUUGGGGCUUUUGAGCGGCGAAUUGGAAAGAAGGGAGAGAAUAGGAGCGGUUGUGGCGUUGAGUGGAUGGUUGCCUUUCCGUGCUCAAAUCGACAAAGUCAUUGAAAAUCAUAAGGGAGUGAGGGAUGAGGAGAGGAUGCGGGCGGUGAGGAAGUAUGUGAGGCAACUGCUUUAUUUGAAUGAUGGAGCGCAAGGAGGUCAGAUGGAGGAAAUGAGAGAGGAAAAGGUGGAGAUUUUGAUUUGCCAUGGAAAGAAAGAUCUUAAAGUGAGGUAUGAGUGGGGAGUUGAGAUGACGGGUGCCCUGAAGAGGAUGGGGCAGAAGAUUGAGUGUAGGAAUUAUGAGGGGUUGGAGCAUUGGGUUUGUGGAGAGGAGAUUUUGGAUGUUGGGGCUUUUGUAGAGGGUAUUUGGGAAGGCGUUAAAUAA